AUGGCGGGUGUCGUCUUGGUUGUUUGUGUCGCUUUAAUUCUCGAUUGUGUUUGUCCCACUACAGCUAAGUUUUUUGUUGUGCCUGAAGAUAUAGCUAUGCUCUUCACCACCAUAUAUGGAUUUGCUCCGGCGAUUCGAAAAGGUAACGAUCAUCGAAUUGGCUUUGGCUAUCGUUUCGGAAAUCAUGCCGACGUUCAGGUGGUGUACGAGUUUGGACCGCAGACCACGACGAAGGAGUUGCAAUCCGUCAGUGUUCGGUCCAUACCCAAUACAGAACGUAAGAACUAUGGACCUCUUCUAGAUCUACUCAUUCGUGCUGGGUUAGUUAAAGAUGCGUCAUACAACUAUAGCGUUGUACACGACAAACCAAAGUAA